CGCCAUGACUUGUCUGAAUUGAGUUGGUAGGGGAGACAUUGACAGGGGGAAAGUGUCUUUGAGGCUCUGACUCUCUCUCUCUCUGUCUCUCUGCAAGAGGAGGAAGAAGAAGACGAUCGAGGAAGAGAGGAGAGGAGACAAGAUGGUGCACGGGAAGCUGGAGGUUCUUCUCAUCUGCGCCAAGGGCCUCGAGGACACUGAUUUCCUGAAUAACAUGGAUCCCUAUGUGGUCCUUACAUGCCGCACCCAAGAGCAGAAAAGCAGCGUGGCGAAAGGAGCAGGAAGCGAACCUGAAUGGAACGAGACCUUCGUUUUCACUGUCUCUGACGAUACCCCGCAGCUCAAUCUCAAGAUCAUGGACAGCGAUCUCACAAACGAUGAUUUCGUUGGUGAAGCAACCGUCCCCCUGGAGCCUGUGUUUCAGGAAGGCAGCCUUCCUCCGACUGUUCACCAGGUCAUCAAGGAGGAGAUAUAUUGCGGAGAGAUCAAGCUUGCACUCACCUUCACCCCAGCAGUGGAAACUCGCCGUCCUGACGAGGAGGAGGGGACUUACAGCAGCUGGAAUUGAUCUGCCUGCAAAGCGUGCAUCGAACAACAUGAUACUUUACUCAAGAAUUACUAUGUUAUGCAACCCUAUUUUGCUUUGUCAUGAACUGAUUAUUUACAUGUAACUCCAACCAUUGAUAUAACUGUUUAGAAUUGUUGGUUUGUGCA